AGCAAAGUGCUUCGAGCUUCAGAUCCACUCAGACAGGACGCAAAGUUUCAGGACGUCAGUUGGUCCGAAGUCAUCCUCGAACCGCACUCGUUCCGAUCCUCUGACAGUCUCCCGAUCGACUCGAGACGUUUCCAGAGACGUAAUCCUCUUGACAUUCCUCGAGACUCACCGGAAGAAUCCCUCUCACAAAGAAGAAUCCCUAACAUGGAUCGCUGGGUGAAGAAAUGCGCCAUUGUCACCGGCGCUGCGUCAGGCAUCGGCAAAGCGAUCACGAUAGCCCUUCUGGAGAAAGGGGUGAACGUGCUGGCGCUGGAUGUCAAAACAGAGGGACUCUCGUCCCUGAGUCACCAGGUGAAACUCGGGCCGUCCACGAAAUUGCACGUCAUGCCUUGCGACGUGACCAAUCAGGACCACCUGGACCAGGCUUUCCAGUACGCGGAGUCCACGUGGAACGGUGUUGAUAUUAUGGUAAACAACGCCGGGGUGUUCGACAACACUCGCGUGAUUGAGAGCGACAGGGCGACAUUCGAAAGGCUGUUAAAUAUUAAUGUCCUCGCAAACGCCGUGUGCACGAACCGGGCGGUGCGCUCGAUGCGCCAGCGAAACAUCGAAGGGCAUAUUUUCAAUAUCAACAGCGUGCUGGGACGCGAAAUUCCGAGUAGUUACCUUUUGGAAAAAGAUGGCUGGAACCUGUACCCGGCUUGCAAACACGGCACUGUUGCAUUAACGCACACGGUGAGGCGGGAAUUGGCGGCCAUUAAAGCACCGAUUCGAAUCACCGGCAUCAAUCCGGGCUUCGUCGAUACUAAUAUAGGCAGUCACGUGCCGCGAUUGGUGGAAGCCUUCAAGAACAUACCCACUCUUCGACCGGAAGAUGUCGCUGACGCUGUCAUCUACGCGUUAAGCACUCGACCAGAGGUCCAAAUCACCGAGCUCACCAUCCAACGCACGGGUGAAGUUUAAUCCCUGUGCAUUCGUAGUACAGUACCUGUGUGUGCCUACAUAUGAACAGGUCCCAAGGAGAAGCUACUGAUAGAUUUCAAAUAAAUCCAAAGAAGUUA